AAACGAGCUACCUGUCUGGGCCCGCCUUCGAGGCAGUGGGAUACCACUGCAAAUGCUGCCUCUGCUAUUCGAUAAGUUGGGUUUGUUAAGAAAGUUGAAAGACAAAGACCACAGCGGGAGUGAAUGGGUUCCUGCGGUGGCUCAGUCGCUGAUGUAGAUAGACGCAAGAAGUGCCAUUUACUGGACCCGACCAUCCAUGCAUCUAACCCAGUCUCCUGUGUCACGCGUUGGCAGAGCGGAUGCAAGGGAGGGUGAACAGGGUCUGGACAAAGGUUUUUUGCAACUGUUCCUGUGGCGCUUGCAACCUCCAGCAUGUAAGGUCUAGGAAGUUCUGAUUCAGGGGCUGUAUCCCCAGCUCUUGUGCUCGAUAGCUACCGAUGCCCUUUUCCUCCAAGAAUUUGGCCAGUCCCUUUUUCAGUCUGGCUGAACUGUCAACUUCCGCAACACCUGGUGAUAAGGAGGCCCCACGCUCAGUGACGUGCAGUGUGAAAAAAGAGCUUCCUUUUGUUCAUUUUAAACUUACUGCCUUACCAGUUUCAUUUUGUGACCCCUAGUUUUUGUAUUGUGACAGAUAGUAAAUCAUAAAUCAAUCAAUCAAUCCCUAUUUACUUUUUUUCCCUAGCUGUCAGUGCCCCUCUGAAUCACCACCACCUUUCACCUUAAGCGUACACCCACUAGUAUUUUAUCAUAGCUGCCAAAUUGCACGUCCCGUGAUCUGAAAUGGCUCCAAGUGGGCACCUUUCAUUUAAAGGCAAUCUCUAUGGCUAUUUGUGCUCUGGUAGUGAAAAAUUAACUUACUAAUCACAAGCAGUCAAGAGGAGGAAUUUUGUCCUUGUUUGUUAUCAAUUCAUCUCUCAGUAAAGUAUCGAGCUGACUGCAAACUUAAAACCAAACGGCUAAUGAAAAGAAGCACGUAAGGCCAAGUCUAGUUAUGUUCAGGAGCAGCUGAAUAUUGUGAAGACAAAUGAGAAUGAAGACAUCCAAGAUGGACAGUAAGAACAUUGAGUACAUGUUUGGUAUUGUUGGCAUUCCUGUCACCGAAAUCGCAAUUGCAGCUCAGGCAACUGGAAUAAGAUAUGUGGGAAUGAGAAAUGAACAAGCUGCCUGUUAUGCUGCCUCUACUGUUGGGUACCUGACAGGGAGGCCCGGAGUCUGCCUCGUGGUGUCUGGUCCAGGUCUCAUACAUGCCCUAGGUGGGAUGGCAAAUGCAAACAUGAAUUGCUGGCCUCUGCUUGUUAUUGGGGGCUCCUCUGACAGGAAUCAAGACACCAUGGGAGCUUUCCAGGAAUUCCCACAGGUUGAAGCUUGUAGACUAUACAGCAAAUUUUCUGCCAGACCCAGCAGUCUAGAAACUAUUCCUACUAUUAUUGAAAAGGCUGUUAGAACCAGUAUUUAUGGUCGACCAGGUGCUUGCUACAUUGACAUACCUGGAGACUUUGUAAAUCUACAAAUCAAUAAGAACUCUGUCAAAUAUGUUGAAUGCUGUUUGCCACCUCCUGUGAGCCUGGCUGAACAUUCUGCUGUCUCUGCAGCAGCAUCUGUCAUUUCACAUUCCAGACAACCUCUCUUAAUCAUUGGCAAAGGUGCUGCUUAUUCACGUGCUGAAGACAGUAUCAGAAGGUUGGUGGACCAAUGUGAAUUACCAUUUUUACCUACACCAAUGGGAAAAGGAGUUGUUCCUGAUAACCAUCCCAACUGUGUAGCUGCAGCCAGAUCCAGGGCAUUGCUACAUGCUGAUGUAAUAGUACUACUUGGUGCCAGGUUGAACUGGAUUUUGCACUUUGGACUUCCACCAAGAUUUCGACCAGAUGUAAAAGUUAUUCAGGUUGAUAUUUGUGCGGAAGAGCUGGGGAAUAAUGUGAGACCCGUUGCCACUUUAUUAGGUGACAUAAAUGCUGUGACCAAGCAGAUUUUGGAAGAAUUCAGCAGAGGUCUAUGGAAAUACCCUUCUGAUACAGAGUGGUGGAAGAGGCUAAGAGAAACGAUAAAGAACAAUGAAGAAAAAGCCCAGGCACUUGCAUUACAAAAGUCUCUGCCUAUGAAUUAUUAUACUGUAUUCCAUCAUGUCAAAAAACUGCUACCCAAGGACUGCUUUCUAGUAAGCGAGGGAGCAAAUACUAUGGAUAUUGGACGUACUAUGCUUCCAAACAAUUAUCCUCGUCACAGACUUGAUGCUGGUACAUUUGGGACAAUGGGAGUUGGGCUAGGAUUUGCCAUAGCAGCUGCAAUGGUGGCUAAAGAUCGGACACCAAACAAACAAGUUGUCUGUGUAGAAGGAGACAGUGCUUUUGGAUUUUCUGGCAUGGAAGUGGAAACUAUUUGCAGGUAUAAAUUGCCCAUCCUGAUUAUCAUAGUAAACAACAAUGGGAUAUACAGUGGCUUGGAUGCAGAUUCCUGGAAGGAGAUUUUAAAGUUUGGAGAACCAUCUACAUGUGCACUUCCCAAUUUUCUCCUGCCUAAUUCCCACUAUGAGCAGGUCAUGUCUGCAUUUGGGGGCAAAGGAUAUUUUGUAAAAACACCAGAGGAAUUACAAAAUGCCCUUAAAGCAAGCCUGGAAGAAAAGCAAGUCCCUUCCCUUAUCAAUGUAAUGAUUGAUCCACUAUCUGCAAGAAAGCAGCAGGAUUUUCCCUGGCUGACUCGUUCUAACAUGUAAUGGAAAAUCCAGAGUGUGAUGAUUCAAAGAUGUGCAUCUGCUUAAGCCCAAGCCAUGUAAUUUUCCAGGCAUGAAACUCCUACACCUGUUUUUUUAAAAGCUGAAAAAUCCAAGUUUUUUCACUCUUGAAACAAUCACUUGUUUUUACACUACUGGAAUAGCAAUAAUUAUUAUAUGCACAAGAAACGCCUGAAUGUGUAUCAGGCUUUUACCAGAUUAUGUAGAAGUAGUUAAUAGUAAAAUCAGUUAUUUUUGCCUUUCAUCAAAAUGCAACAGAUUUAAACUUGCCAAUUAAAUUCUUAGGUCUUAGAAAGACAAAUAAGGGAAAGAACGUUUUUGGGUUUUUUUUAAUUGACGGAAUCCUUGGCAGUAUGCAGUCAUAAUGGAUUUGUUUCAUUUCACUGGCCAACACGCUACUUACUGCACCACAUUUUAUUUAGGGCCCAAGUUUUUGAAUCUUUCAGUGUCUUCAGGUUCAGUAAAUGUCCCCAGCUCCCGUUGAAGUCAUUUGGGGUUGAGGGUACUCAGUAACUUUUAAGGAUGUUGCCUCAGUCCUACUCCCAGAAACACUUCCACUUUACCAGGAGUUUUGUCAAAUAGGGACUGAGACCUUAAUUGCUUAUGCUGUAUUCUUCUAUCAAGGGACACAGUGUGUGAUUUGGGAGCUUUGUAUCUUUGCAAGUUUGUAAUUUAAAUCACUGAGGUUCACUAACAAAAAAUCACCACGAUUCAUUAAAUACAAUACUGAAUUUCUGUCCAUUGCCUUAAUUUCUGCAGCGUGUUAGCUGGAACCUGGUGCAAUGGCAACAUUUUUUUUUUUUAAUAUUCCCUCAUUAUAUUUAUCUGUACCUGCCACCUGAAAUUAGUGGUGCAGAAAGAGUUAAAAAUAAAUGUUUUUGAAUAGAUUUCAAAGCCUUAAUAAUUAAAAGUAAAAAUACUGUUAAACUAAAGCUUAAUUGUCAGCUUGGUAAAUGUAACCAGGCUCUCCCUGAUAUUCAAAGCUGCAGUUGGUUGCUUGUGUAGUAAGCGUUCUGCAAGAUAAUGUAUUUACUACAUAAAGCCUUACAGCCUUGUCUUGUUACUUGGAUUGAGUAACAAAACUCCCAUUGACUGUCAUGGUAAAAUAUAGAGAUGUUAAGAAUGUAAAACUAGUCCACUUAAGGAAGCAUCUACUGGAUUCAUGCCUGUUGUUAAUAUUUGACAUACUGACCGUCCUGUGACAUAACCCUGAGGAUGAAGCAGAUGUGGAAUAGUUUUCCCCAACCAAUUUUUAACAUGAUAUGACAGUUUUGAGGGAGGGUUUUUUUUACGUUUUGUUUUUGAGAUAGUAAGGACAACUGCUGCUCAUUGCAAGGGAAGGAAAGUUUAAAGUCUGGCUGCUAAUAAGCCACUUUAUUGUUGUCUGUUUAACAUUGAGAUUUUAGUUAUGCUUAAAUUGUAUUAAACACUGGCAAACAAUCACUUAGGGUUAUGGUUGGGACCAGCAGAAGUCCCAUGUGAGGAUUAAAGUUCAAGUUGAAGGUCAGGCUUAAGUCUUGGGCUAUGGUUGGGGCUCAAAAUUAGGCUUUAUGGAAAUGGUUCUGGGUGCAGCCUAGACUUAGACCUGGCUGGACAUACCCAUGGAGGGAACUAGUUACACUGUUUGAACCAAUCUAUUGGGAUUUGUCUAGAAGUAUUGCUAGACUGAAAUUACUGACUGGUUGAGUCAUUGACAAUCAAGUCCAUUAGAGACUGCAUACCCAAAAAACAAUAAAUAAGGGAAGAAACAGUCAACAAAUCAUUGAAUCUUACUGUAAACAUUGGACUUUUUGUAAACAAGUCUAACUUUUAUAUAUUCAGAUAAUGAAACAAUACAUGAGCAUGUUAAUAAGAUUGUACUAUGAAUAAAGAGCACAUAAUUGA